UUUGUUUAUUUUAGGGUGACCACACCCAACGUUUGACAGGGGCUGAUUCAAAUUAGUUUUUGAACCCAACCAAGUAUGACAUCUGACAAGUCUGUGGUAAUUUAGUGCAGAUUGAACUCACAACAUGGAUCAACAUCAACAACAGCUGCAUCCUGAGAACAACAUCCAGAACUCAACCCGCUGUCGGCUCUGCACGGACCGUUGUCCGCCGAACAAUGCCCUUUGGAAUCGGGACUUUCGCGAGAAGCUUCAGGAUGUCAUUUGUGAGUGGAUCAUUGUGGACCAGUAUCACCAAGCCGACAGCGUGUGCGAUCCGUGCCGAAGUACGGUCGAAGAGUUCUACCAAUACAAGAAAAGUGGCCGAGAAACCAUCCAGUUGAAGCGAUGUCCCAAGCCAGUGGCCAAAAAAGCCAAAUCAGUCCCAAUAACUGCAACCGGAGAUACCAUCCCACAGGAACUAAUCAACGGCUUGCCCAAGAAGCAGUACUUUAAGCAGAACCGCGUGCGAAACGGCCUCCGUUACGACGUACGCUGUUACGUGUGUGAGGCCGUUGUCCCCAGGCGCCGCUUCGAUGGCCACAUGAACCGACACAAGGGCCUGAAACCGUAUCCUUGUGCCCACUGCGAGGAACGCUUUCCCUGCAGGCAGAAUUUGAUUCAUCACACCGCCCGAAAGCACGCAGAUGGCGAAGCAAUGCCGUGCCCCGAUUGUGACCAGGUGUUUACCAACCGGAUAGCCUUUAUGGAUCACCGCGCCCGGAAGCACGCCGAGCGGAAGUACGUCUGCCAGGUGUGCGGUCUCAAGUGUCGCCGGCCGCACCUGCUGAAAAGUCACAUGCGGAUCCACAGCCAGCGGCGCGAUCUGGUGUGUCACCUGUGCGGGAAGAGCUUCAAGUGGAAGAUGGCGUUGAGUGUUCACCUGCGCACGCACACCGGUGAGGCUCCGUACGCGUGCCACGUGUGUACCGACCCGCCCCGUAAGUUUGUCCACCGGAAUAUGUACGUGGACCACAUGCGACGGUUUCACCUGGGGGAGCCGAUUGCCAGGUUGGGCCCGAGUAAGGAUGCAUCAACGGGAUGAGAUUCCGGCAAGGACUUCGGAUAUAACAGUGGAAAAUAGAUUAUUUUGUAAAGUAAUGAAACCAAAAAGCGAUCAAGUGUUUUGUUAAAACAAGAAACUCUUGAAAGGUGUUUUGUAUUUCUUUUGAAUUUUACAUCCUGACUUUAGAUGAACAAUAAGAGACAUCCGGAGCAACAGGGCGCAUAAACAGUUUGGCAGCUUCUACUACUUUGCCAAUUUUGAGACAACAGGCAACUAUUCAACAAGCUCUUGUUUAGCACUUCAAAUAAACGCAAUAGUUCAAACUGCUUUUCUGCCCUUUUCUCGUAUUGCUCCAGACAUGUUUCUUAAGAUUUCUUCAAAUCAAAUUACCCUUAAAUUUUUAAAAACGCCAUUUUAAAAUAUGUUUAAGGAGCUUGGCAUGACUAAAAGAACUUGUUUGAUCAAAUGCCGAUACAAAAAACAGGGUCAAGACUACCCACCCUCCCCUACUACUAGGUAACUGGGCUGAGAGCAUGGAACAGGAGGCUGGAAUCGUCUUAAAUGGGAAAAUUGAAAAUUCGCAAUUCGCAAUUUUCAGUGUAAGAACGGGCCAUGACCGAUCUUAUGCACCAGGUUCCCGACUAACACGCACUGCCCUUACACCUACAUCUCACCCUUGCUCUGAGUCAGUACGAGCAGCACGCUAGAACACGCUUUGAGUGUUCGUGCCAGGCAUGCACACCUUCUUUUCCGGUUACGCAUUUUAACUCGGCCGGGGGUGGUACAUUAAGUAGGGUUUGAUGUAAGUAUAAGCGCCUAACCUUUUUUAGUGUGCCUAUCAACUUUCAUUAAAGCAAAAACUGUUUUAUUUUUAGUUUGAAUUCAAAAACUUAUUGUUAUUCACUGUGUAUUGUUUUCUCCUGAAAUCUUCCCUAUUGUUGAGUCUGUUUAUCUGUUGCUAUUCCUUUUAUCGCGGUGUUUUGUUACAAUUUUUGGUCCUAAGCAUGUUAUAAAAGUUUACCAAAAAUACAAUAAUAAUAUUUGUGUUAAUCCUUUAACCAUUCCAUAAAUUGAGUAAGGGCUCAAACCUCACUUGUUUAAAAAAAAGGGUGAAGAUUGAAAACAAUAGACAGUAAAAGAGAAUUUAUUUUAUAAAAAUCAAGUAUCAAUAGUAAGAGAAUGAUGAGCGUAUUUUGAAGAAUAAAAAUGAGAAGCUAGAUGUAUUUGAUGUAAAAUUAGACAAUAGUUAAUAAAUAGAGAUACAAAACAAGCUCAUAUUAU